ACAAUGGGGUGGCACGAAGAAUUAGGGUGCUCCCCUAUAUAAGAUGUGGCAUACAUAUGCAACUCUGUCUGUGUCUUCUUUGAGGCUGGUUCUAGAAUCGGGGGGUGUCUCUAGAUUUUAGGUGCAUUCCAUGGGUUCUUUGUUCGGUGACUGGCCGUCAUAUGACCCUCACAACUUCAGCCAGCUCCGGCCCGCCGAUCCUUCCACUCCUUCUAAAAUGACACCUGCUACCUAUCAUCCAACUCACAGCCGGACCCUUCCCCCACCUGAUCAAGUGAUAACCACCGAAACCAAAAAUAUUCUUUUGAGGCACAUGUAUCAGAAUGAUGAAGAGAAGUUGAGACAAAAGCGAGCUGCAUCAGAACAUCUUUUACCAGAGCAUGGAUCCAAGCAACUUAGGGCUUCUGUCUCAGAUAAUGCAAAACAAGCUUAACUGCUUCUGGCAACGGGACUCGACUGUUGCUGCAUGGAAAUUGGAACAUACUGAUCAAUGUGAAUAGUUUUGUCAGUAUCAAAGAUGCGCGGUGUGUGGUCUUAGACAAAAGGGGUUUGCUUGCGCAUUGUUGUAAAAGGUGCUUAACCAGACAUGUAAACCAUGUGUGUAUAAACUAGUUAUAGAGCUUAAAUGGAAUUAAAUGUUUAGAUGCAUGCUUUGCUUUA